UAGGUCGACUUGCCCAACGAGACAAAUAUAAUCCAGAAACAACCGGUAGCUUUGCUAGAAUCUACAUAACCUUGCCGAGUAGCUAGCGCUCCCCACGGAGGUCUCGGAGACGGCAAAAUCCAACGAAUCGCAUAUCCGGCGCAUAUGAUAUGGCUUGCCCACUACUUACAGGAAAGAAGUUAUUAUCAUCACUGCUAGUUGUGGUGUCGACCACCCUGACCUUGAAGCAUACCGCUGCCAGCACCAGCAGCCUAGCUUUCGCGGCGUUGCCCGGCUGCCCAGACAAGUGCGGCAAUGUCAGCAUGCCGUAUCCUUUUGGCACCAUAGAUGGCUGCUUCCGGGGACCACCCUUCCGCGUCUACUGCGAAGACGACCAUGCGGUUUAUCUCCAGGAGCACAAGAAGUUGAAGGUCUUGCGAUUCGAGCUGGCCCAGGGCGAGGUUCUCAUCCAGAAGCGCAUAGCAACAAGCUGCGGCGUCAACCUCACCGGUAAAGCCGUCGGCAUUCCAUGGGUAGUGCACGAUGGUGGCUUAGCAGAUGACUAUCCCUAUCUGACAAUCUCUACCAAGAACCAGUUUGCAGUAGUCGGGUGUGGUAUCACAGCGAUCAUCGUUGGUCAGGGAGAGAACCAGCCUGAUUACACGGUCGGAUGCCGAUCAUUCUGUGAUGAUGUCGAUAGCAAUAUUGUCGAAGAUAAUAGCACGCAAUGCAAUGGCAACACGGGCUGCUGCCAGGCUUCCAUCCCAGGUAAUCUCAAGGCUUUCCAGCCCUCAUUCUUAAAAAUAAGCGGUGUGAACUACUCCGGCGUCCCGUGUGUCUACGCUUUCGUCGUGGAGCAGAACUGGUUCAAAUUCAAGACCUCAUAUGCCAAAUCGAUGGAACUUUAUUCAAAGUAUCGAAAUAAGGGCACCGGGGUUCCUCUAGUGCUCGACUUGGUUGUUGGUAACGAAACGUGUGACGAAGCCAAAAGGAACGCAUUAUCCUAUGCGUGCAAGGCUACGAACAGCUCUUGCAUCGACAGACCUAGCCGCUCAGGGUACCUUUGCAACUGCUCUCAAGGUUAUGAAGGAAAUCCCUACCUACAUGGAGGCUGCCAAGACAUCAAUGAGUGCGAUUAUCCAUGGUUGUAUCCUUGCAAAGGUAACUGUCGUAACAAGAUUGGAAACUAUGCGUGUUCGUGCCCAUCUGGAACUCAGAGCAAAGAUCCCAAGAUCAUACCCUGCACUCCAACCAUAGACGGAUAA